AUGAGGAAGCUAGCCGCUGGCUUCCCUCUCUCACUCCUCGAGGGGCUGCUCUUGCUUCUGACACCUGCCCCAGCCCAGGAUUCAAUUUCGGCCUCCACGCCAGGCAGCCCUCUCUCUCCCACCGAAUAUGAACGCUUCUUCGCACUGCUGACCCCAACCUGGAAAGCAGAGACUACCUGCCGUCUCCGGGCAACGCACGGCUGCCGGAACCCCACCCUCGUCCAGCUGGACCAAUACGAAAAUCACGGCUUGGUUCCGGACGGCGCUGUCUGCUCCGACCUCCCGUAUGCCUCCUGGUUUGAGUCCUUCUGCCAAUUUACUCAGUAUCGUUGCUCCAACCAUGUCUACUACGCCAAGAGGGUCCGGUGCUCCCAACCAGUCUCAAUCCUCUCACCUAACACUCUCAAGGAGAUUGACACUUCCUCUGAUGUCCCUCCCACCACGAUGAGCUCCCCGCUCUCAUCUCACAUCACAGCCACAGAACGACAGGCCUUCCAGCCCUGGCCCGAGAGGCUCAACAACAACGUGGAGGAGCUGCUACAGUCCUCCCUGUCCCUGGGGGGCCAGGAGCGCACGCAGGAGCAAGGGCAGGAGCGCACGCAGGAGCAAGGGCAGGAGCGCACGCAGGAGCAAGGGCAGGAGCGCACGCAGGAGCAAGGGCAGGAGCAAGAAGAGCAAGAAGAGGAGCUGGAGGAGGAGGGGAAGAAAGAGGAAGGACAGGGGGCAGAAGAGGGACUGGAGUCAAUGGCUGGGCUGCAGACAGACCGAGAGCUCAAGUUCCAGUCUGAAUUUGUGUCUUCCAACCCUUUCUCCUUCACUCCCCGGGUCCGGGAAGUGGAGUCCACUCCUGUGAUGAUGGAGAACAUCCAGGAGCUCAUCCGAUCAGCCCAGGAAAUGGAUGAAAUGAAUGAUCUGUAUGAUGAAGAGCCUGGCUGGAAAAAGCCAACCCGGGACAGCCUCCUGCAGAUGCCCCAUGUAGAGGCCUUGCUGGUGCUAUGCUACUCGAUUGUGGAGAACACCUGCACCAUAACCCCCACAGCCAGGGCCUGGCAGUACAUAGAGGAGGAGCUCCUUGGCUUCGGGAAGCCGGUCUGUGACAGCCUUGGGCGGCGACACACAGCCACCUGUGCCCUCUGUGACUUCUGCUCCCUGAAGCUGGAACAGUGCCACUCGGAGGCGGUCCUGCAGCGACAGCUGUGUGACAACUCACACAAAACACCCUUCAUCAGCCCCUUGCUCAUAGCCCAGAGCAUGUCCAUCGGUACUCAGGUAGGGACGCCAACAUCAGGCCGCUUCUACGGGCUGGAUAUGUAUGGCGGACUCCGCAUGGACUUCUGGUGCGCCCGGCUGGCCACCAAGGGCUGUGAAGAUAUUCGGGUGUCCAGCUGGCUCCAGACAGAAUUCCUUAGCUUCCAGGAUGGGGAUUUCCCCACCAAGAUUUGUGACACAGACUAUGUACAGUAUCCAAACUACUGUACCUUCAAAAGCCAACAGUGCCUGAUGAGAAGCCGGGACCGGAAGGUGUCCCGGAUGAGAUGUCUGCAGAACGAGACUUACAGCAUCUUGAGCCAGGCCAAAAGUGAGGACCUUGUGCUUCGAUGGAGCCAGGAAUUUAGUACCUUGACUCUAGGCCAAGCUGGAUGAGCUGGGGUCCAUACUGUCUUCACCCCAGCCCGACUUUUCCGCAUUCCAUUGCUCUUAGACCCCAUCUGUCAGUUUGCUUCCUGGCUGCCCCUUAUGGGUCUCUUAUCUGGCCCCUACUCACUUUCCUUGGGUUGGGGCAGCAGUCCCAGAGAGGCCCAUGUUGAGAACGCCACCCGCCUUAAAGGAUGUCUUUGCAUAAAGUGUUUAUUUUCAACCUG